CCCCGGGGCUCAGGGCUUUCCGAUGCCCACGGGUGAUGGGAAGGGCGGAGGGGCCCCAGCCUCACGCACUGCUCCUGCUGCAGCGCGGUCCCAGCUCCAGGUCGCAACCCCGCCCACGGGAGAGCCGGGGCAGACACCUGGGGCUCCUCUGCCCCUUAGAGACCAACCUGUGGGGCUCACCUGGCCCUGUUGCCUGCGUCUUGCAUAGCGGCCUUGCUCCGGGCUAGGACGGGGCCCAAGGGGCAUUCCUGGUCCCGGGAAGCUCCCAAACCAGCAGGAGGGGUCCCUUGCGGUGAGGGCCUGGGCAGCUUAGAAAGAGCAGCAGGACUUGAGGUGACUCUCCGGGGCCUGGCCGUGGAACUGGAGUUAUUGCUGCUGGUCCCGGCGGGCGGGGAGCAGGCGGCCGGUCCCGUUUAGUCCUGGGUGGCCCACCUCGGGUGGGGCCCCCUCAGAGUGUCCCCUCUGGGCCUCGGGAGCCUGUGUUGGGCCCUUUGACAAGCUCUGGCUGCAGCUGCCCUCCUGCUCCAGAAGUUGCCCCUUCCCCUCGGGCACAGGUGGGGGCCUGGCCUGCAGAGCCCACCCUUGUUGGCUACGGGGCCUGCCGAGGGGCAGGAGGGGGACGUGGUGGGUGCCUGCAGGCUGCCGCAGUGCCCCGUCCACAGGUGCCCCAGAUCCAGCUAGAGGUGAGCAUGGCCGAGCAGGAGCCCACCGCGGAGCAGCUGGCGCAGAUUGCGGCCGAGAACGAGGAGGACGAGCACUCGGUCAACUACAAGCCCCCGGCCCAGAAGAGCAUCCAGGAGAUCCAGGAGCUGGACAAGGACGACGAGAGCCUGCGCAAGUACAAGGAGGCCCUGCUGGGCCGCGUGGCCGUGUCCGCAGACCCCAACGUUCCCAACGUCGUGGUGACCCGCCUGACCCUGGUGUGCAGCACGGCCCCAGGCCCCUUGGAGCUGGACCUGACAGGUGACCUGGAGAGCUUCAAGAAGCAGUCCUUUGUGCUGAAGGAGGGUGUGGAAUAUCGGAUAAAGAUCUCUUUCCGGGUGAACCGCGAGAUCGUGUCUGGCAUGAAGUACAUCCAACACACAUACCGGAAAGGCGUCAAGAUUGACAAGACUGACUACAUGGUGGGCAGCUAUGGGCCCAGGGCCGAGGAGUAUGAGUUCCUGACGCCCAUGGAGGAGGCGCCCAAGGGCAUGCUGGCGCGCGGCAGCUACAACAUCAAGUCCCGCUUCACAGACGAUGACAAAACUGACCACCUGUCCUGGGAGUGGAACCUCACCAUCAAAAAGGAGUGGAAGGACUGAGCCUGGCCCGGGAGACGGGCAGGGCGGACGACGGAGGGAUGUGCGCACCCCACCCCACCCCACCCCGACCCCAUACCAAAGUGCUGACAGGGCCCCUGCCCAGGCUGCCAGCAUCCCGUCUGCCUCCUGCCCAGCCUCAGCCCCGCCUCCUGGAUAGUCUAGUGUCCCGCUGCUUCCGCCUGUGCUGCGGGUGGGGAGCCGCAGCUCAGGCCCCCUCCCCUCGGGUCCCUCCAGGGUCCCCACCUGUCCUCACCCAACCGGAGGCCAUGGCUUUCCCAAGGGAGUGGGGAGCUCAGGUCCCCUGGGCCUUUUCGGUUGUCUGUCUCCCCUCCGGGGUGAGGGUGGGAUGGGGUGCACGAUGCAGGGCCUUGGGGCCGGCCAUCCUUCCAGCUCCCGCUCCUCCCUGGUCAGUCCAUCCAUUGCUGUCUGUAACCGUCUAACCAUGAUGCCUUAACAUGUGGAACGUGUGCUGUGGGGCCGUCACUAACCUCUAACCCUGUGUCUGCAUGAGCAUGUGGUCUCCCAGUCCUGCCACCCCUUCUGCAGUCCCCGUGGCCGGGAGGCGUGGACACACCGCUGCUCCCCCAGCCAGGGCCUGGCCAGCCCCCCUCUCCUUUCCACCCCCGCCCCAGCCAGGGCUGAGGGGCAGCUCCGGGGCCUGGGGAAAGCCAAAUUGCCAAAACUGAAGUCGCUUCCAGCACCAUCUGAGAGGCCGGUGUCCUCAAGCCUCUUCCUUCUGCCCCAGUGGGCAGCACCAGACCAGAGUCCACGGCCCCAUAGAGCCCUCGGACAAAGCCAGCGGCCGAGCCUGCCUUGUCCCACCUGGGCCCGCCGCCUGGAUGGCAUGCCUGGCCUGUCAGUAUUUAUUGCCUCCGUACGUGCCGUCCUCUGGGCCCGCUGGCCUGCCGCCUCCGCCCCCAGGCUCCAUGCCAUCAUCCCCAGGCCUCCCGGACGCAGCCAGGACCACUGUGGGACCAAGCGUGCAGAGUCGGAGCUCUGUCCCCUAUGCCUCCCUCCUCCCCACCCCCCCCCCCCCCCCCUCCAUCCCAGGGCUUACCCAUGCUUCAGGCCCGGCUGGAACGCGCAGGAGCCUGUCCCUGCUUCUCUUCUGACCGGGAAAUAAACUCCCCAAACUCCCUAAGGAA